AUGGCGAACAAGAAGGCGGAAGAGCCGGAGCACAUUUCCUCUUCGUCUUCGGACAGCGGCUCCGAAGAUGAACAGAAAGGCGAGGGCGCCCAGCAAGAACAAAAGGAGGGCGAAGGCUCUCCUUCGCGUUCUCGCCAAUCUCGCAACGAAAGAAAAGCCAGAAAAGCCAUUUUGCGUUUGGGAAUGAAGCCCAUGCCCGACAUUGUCAAGGUGGUAAUCCGCAAGGCCAAGCAGCAGCAGCAGCAGCAGCAGCAGCAAAAUAAGUACAUCGGCUUGACUCGAGAGCUGCUCGCCAAGUACCCGGAUGUUCGUUUUCAAGACUGUUUCGUGGCUGGAAAUGAGCCAACAAAAGGAUCGGACACUUUUCGGGCGGAUCACCCCGCCAUGCAGUUUGUUGCGCAGCAGCUGCGGUUCAUGAACGAAGGAAUGAGCAAAAGAGAAGCAUUUAAGAAAGCCGAGGAGGUCUUCAGGCAGCGCCGCGCCUCUUUAGAAAGAACCCAAAAGAUGUAUAUGGCAGCAGCAGUAGCAGCAGCAGCAGCAAAAGAUCCUGCUGCUGCUCCUGCUGCUGCUGCUGCUGCCAUGCCCACUUCUGCGGAGCCCUUAACUGCAGCAGAAGGAAUGGGCCCUGUGCAGCCGAUGUUCACUUCUGGGAAGUCUUACUGGCAGGUAUAA